UCUUUCAUAAAAGAUACCAAGUGUAUUAUUCACCAAGUAAAUUAUCGUCCGCAUUUAGCGCAGUGCGUUAGUUGCCGAUUAAAUAAAUAAAAUAAUUUAAACUUCAAGUUCUACUUAAAAAAUUUUAUUUGAAUUUAAAAAAAAAACAACAAACAAUUAAUUAAUUAAUAAAUAUAAAUUACAAAAUAAAUAACAAGUUUAUCAACAAAGAAAGUUUGAAAAUUAAUUUUAGCUUUAUAAUUUAUAAAUAUAUUUAAUUACAAUAAAUAUGAAUAUUAUUUUGUAAAAAAAAUAUAUAAUAAGUGGACGCGUAGAGACGCUCGAGAACAUUUUUGUGAGAGAGAGUGAGAAGGCGCGAGUUUUAACUGCAGAUUAAGAGAGAAAGAAUUAUUGUCGGAAGGGAGAACAAGGAGUAAUAUUGUAUAUAUAUAUAUACAUAUAUAUAACAUAUAACGUUAGUUAAAACGUAUGAGCGGUUGUUGGUGUGUUCUCUCUCGUAGCGCAUACGGCUAAAGAUCGAAACUUGACAUUGGGUCUGGACGGCCAUUUUGGCAUUUUGUGUUCACCAUUCAAGUGAUACGCUUCGAUAUAAAAUAUACAAUCUCUGGCCAUCCUUUUCACGUUUAAGAAGAUAGAGUAAAACUGCGUUAUCGAAAUGAUGACCGAAACGCAUAUUAAUUCCAAUCACAUGUUGAAUUCGGGCUUGGGCUCAAAGUCAGAGCUCGAAAAAAUGGACGAUGUUGGCUGGAAAUCCAAACUGAGAAUUCCACCGCGAGAUAAGCGAAUUAAAACAAGUGAUGUUACAAACACACGUGGUAAUGAAUUUGAAGAGUUUUGUUUAAAACGUGAACUAUUGAUGGGAAUAUUUGAGAAAGGAUGGGAAAAACCAUCUCCUAUUCAAGAAGCUAGUAUUCCAAUUGCAUUGUCCGGCAAAGACAUUUUAGCGCGUGCUAAAAACGGUACAGGAAAAACUGGAGCAUAUUCUAUUCCUGUCUUGGAACAGGUUGACCCACGAAAAGACGUAAUUCAAGCUUUAGUGAUAGUGCCUACUCGAGAGUUGGCAUUACAGACAUCUCAAAUUUGUAUUGAACUUGCUAAACAUAUGGAUGUUAAAGUUAUGGUAACUACCGGUGGAACAAACUUACGUGAUGACAUUAUGAGGAUUUAUCAAAAAGUUCACGUGAUCAUCGCCACACCGGGAAGAAUUCUUGACUUGAUGGACAAAAAUGUCGCAACCAUGGAUCACUGCAGGAUUUUAGUACUAGAUGAGGCUGACAAACUUCUCUCACAAGAUUUCAAAGGAAUGUUGGAUCACGUGAUUUCCAGAUUGCCAAAGGAACGACAAAUAUUGCUGUAUUCAGCCACGUUCCCACUGACCGUUAAGCAAUUUAUGGAAAAACACUUGAGAGAUCCAUACGAGAUCAAUUUAAUGGAGGAGUUGACGCUAAAAGGUGUUACACAAUACUAUGCAUUUGUACAAGAGCGACAAAAAGUCCAUUGCCUCAAUACACUGUUUUCGAAGUUACAAAUAAAUCAGAGUAUUAUAUUCUGUAACUCGACGCAACGUGUUGAACUGUUAGCUAAGAAAAUAACAGAUUUGGGAUACUGUUGCUACUACAUACACGCCAAAAUGGCUCAAGCACACAGAAAUCGCGUUUUCCAUGAUUUCCGCGCCGGUCUUUGCCGAAACUUGGUGAGCAGUGAUUUAUUCACACGUGGUAUCGACGUACAAGCAGUAAAUGUCGUGAUAAACUUUGAUUUUCCUAAAAUGGCCGAGACGUAUUUACAUCGUAUCGGUAGAUCUGGUCGAUUCGGUCAUCUAGGUAUUGCCAUAAAUCUAAUAACUUACGAAGAUCGUUUUAAUCUUCAUCGCAUUGAACAAGAACUUGGUACCGAAAUAAAACCAAUUCCCAAGGUGAUAGAUCCUAGUUUAUACGUAGCACGACCUGAGGACAAUACUAGUUUGGAUGAAGGUAAUGUGUCCAAGUAGUUUCUUCAAUUAAAAGUAAUAUUAAUAAAUAUAAUUUAAACAACAACAACAACAAUAAAAACAACAACAAAUGGAGAAACAAGUGAUUUGUGACUCGUACUACACGUGGCAUAUCCAUUAUUAACUUCGAACACAUCGAUAUGAGCGUAUAAAUAAUCAAGGUAGUGAAUUAUUAUUUGAAAUAAUAUAAAUAGAUGGAAAAAAAAAUAAAUAAUUAUUAAAAGAAUCGUUACUUAAGUCUUGGGGUGCGCGUCAGUGUCGAUAAGAAUAUAAAUAAUGGGAACAGCAAGUGCUUUUGAGGAUAAACUUAAUAGAUACACAAAAGACUUUUGAAUAAACGGGGAAAAAUAUAAAAUUAUAAAUUCAUCGUAACAAAAUAUUAUAAAAGUUUAUAAAUAAAUGUGUUACUUGUACAUAAAAUUAAUUGCCGAGCAUUGGUAAAAAAAUAAGAAAAGAAGUUGAGAAAAAAAAGUAUAUGAAAAUUUAUUAUUUAUAUUUUUUCGCUCGGUUUAUAAUUAAAACUAAUGAUAAAAAAAAGAAAUUUAAACAAAAACUCAGUGACUGAAGAAGUGAACGUCAGUGUGCAAGUGCGAGUCAUUUUUCUUUGUAAAUAGAUAUUACUUAUAAGUGUAAAUAAUUAAUUAUAAUUAGCUCAGAGUCAAGCCAUUAUCAAGUGCACAAUGCGUAGAAGGAAAACAAAUAAAUAAUUUAAAAUAAUUUUUAUUAUUAAUUAUCUAAAUAAUUAAUAAUUUAAAAAUAUUAAUUAACAUUAACAUAUAUAAAUAAAUAUAUAUACAUUGAAAACAAAGUAAAAAUCAUACUUACACAAAAAUAAACGUUAAAUACACACGUGAAUUUAGUCCGUCAUUGCAUUUUAUCGUAAAUGUAAAUACAGCAUGAGAUAUAUCAUUUUAUUAGUAAAAAAAAAAAAGCAAAAAAAAAUUUUUGAUACGAAAGGCCUCAUACUUUCAAUAUUCCUUCUACUUUUUUUUUGUUACUUGAAAUUUAAAAAAAAAGUAAAGUCUUUGAUUAAAAUCCAUAAGCCGAAAUAAAAAUAAUAAAUUAACGGCUUAGUAUAUAUAUACACAUGUAUGUAUAUAUAUGUAAUAAAUUUUACAGUCUUCAUUCUUCAUUUAGUUUAUGUUUUAAAACGUUUAUUAUUUUUUUUUUCUAGCUCCUGAAGCUUUAAAUUAUGAGUGCGAAUGUACCAGGCAUCAGACAAAUUUAAAACUGUAAAUAAAUAUAGUAAAUAAUUUAAAAAAAAAUAUUUGAAAAAAAUGCGCUUAUUAAUUUAAAAAUUUUUUAAACGCGCAUUUUUUUUAUUUAUUUACUAUAUUUAUUUAUAGUUUUAAAUUUGUCGAUGUCUGCUGCAUUCACACUCAUUAAAUUAUAGGAUAUAUUUAUAUACAUAAUUCAUAAUAUCAAUUUUUUUUUUAUUUUUUACUUGUAAAAAAUAAAAUCAGUAAUUUACAAAAUGUGUGCAAAGAAUUUAAAAUAUAAAAUGUAUAGGUUGAUUGUGGCUUGAUUUUGUAAUCUCAGUACUGUCAUAAAAGCAACUCUGAAGUUCUAAUCACAAAUAAAACAAAAUGUAAUUACUUACAAAAAAAAAUAAUUGCAAAUCCAAGUGAAUAUUUUUUGUUUAUAAGAAAAAAAAUUAAUUUUUUCCGUUUUUUUUUUGUAAAAAUAUAAAAUUUUUUUGUUUAUUUUAUAAUACUGUGAUUGAGAAUCAGAGAUUGUAUAAAUUGACUAGUUUUAUACAUUUAUUUUUAUAAUUAUUUGGCUAAUGGGUUACGUGAGACACAGGGAUCGUAAAACAAUAAUAAAAUUUAAUUAUAAAUAAUCGCGAGUAUUUACGACAAAAAAAAAUUAAAAAAAUGUUAAUUUGGAUUCAAUUAAAUUAACGAAAUUACGGUAUCGAAAUAGAAUUUGUUAUAUAUAUUUUUAUCCGUACUAAAUAUAUACACGUAUAAAAUUUAUCACAACGGUGCUGGUGCUGGAAAUAAAUUAGAGUAAAAAAAAAUGCUAAUCAUUGUCUGCGAAAAUGUCGGAGCGAAUGAUAAAAUACAAAUUUUUUUUACCCCAACGAUCUCGUGUCCAUGAAUCACAUUAUAUAUUUUUUUUUUUUCUCUAAACGUUAAAAAUAUCGCAAGAAAUACAGACGGAAGAUAAUCCGUUGCAUUGUAAAAUAGUAAAAAAUAAUAAUAACGAUUAAUAAAUAUAAUAACAAUUAUAAUAAAAUGUGUAUUAAGUCUGGUGACGUGUCAAGACAGACUUGAGCCAUUUAUUUGUAUAUGUAAUAAUAUAGCGGGCCAACAAAACGAAUUAGCUUCGCGGUAGAAGCGCGCGCGGUUUUUCAGUCGUGAUAUAAACUACAAAUGAAAUAAAUAAAAUAAAAUUUAAAAAGUACACAACAAUAAUUAUGAGAAACGGUUUAAUCUUGCAACGAAAAUAAAAAUAUAUUUUAUUUUUAUUUACAAUACGUUUUUUUUUUCUUUUCUUUCGCUAAAAUUUAUAAUUGCCAAUUAAAAGAUUAAAUAAAUAAACAAUUAUAAUUACAAAUCGAUGACCUUGUCUCACGCCCAGGUCAAUUAGCAAUCGACAAUCAAUGAUGAUACGAGUUAAGCGUGCCUCGUAUCAACAUUGCAAUCAAGUCAUCAAAGAGAUCGUAUUGCUUUUAAAUGAAACAAAAUAUCCAUUUAAAAUAAACUGUUUCUUUAAAAAAAAUUUUCAAAUUUUUAAAUUAAAACUUGAAGUUUUAAGUAAAAAAUCUUUUUCAACGUAUGAAAGUAUGAUCUCAGAGUGUAUUGUGUGAAUGUGUGUAAAAAAAUACAAAACAAAAAAAUAACAAAAAAAAUAUAACGAAAAAAAUUGUACAUUAAAUUUCGUUGCUGCUACACCAGAGAUUAAGAUGAAAAAAAAAAAUAAA